CGGUGAGCGACACCGGCACAGUGCAACUCUCUCCACGAGAGAGACAACUUUCCCCCGGACUAACUGCCAUAUUUUGCCGCAUUUAUUGUCCUAUUUUUGUGUCAGGUCGACGUGGGAAACUUUGAGCAGCUAUAAUAGCGAUAUAAUACACCUUCUUUGGGGUAUUUAUUGUCUUAUUUUAAGAUUUUUUGGCAACCGAGGAGCUGCAAGAAUACACCCAGGGCAGUGACAGACCGCGGGAAAAUGUCGUUACUUCCUGUGCAUUGGAGUCUUGGCGCGACAUUACGGUUGUAAACAACAAGGGGAGACACCAUAGCUCACUUCAACAAGUAUUUCUUAAACUGAGCAAGCGAUAUUUGGAAUAAUGGAAAACCCUGACAACAAAGAAGCUUCUGGUCUCUUGAUACCUGUUGUCAAUGAAGAUUCCGUGGAUAUCUAUGAUGACCUAGAUGUUGGUUUUCACAAAAGUGCAGAGAAUUCACCUCCAGAUUCAUCUCAGGUGAAAGAGUCCAUGGAUCUGUAUGAAGAACUUGUUACAGAGGAACAGCAGAGCAAAGAGGCAUCAUACACUGAGCUGAAAUCCAGAUUGCAGGCUGCUCAAAGCCAAAUCAAAGAGCUGCACAAGAGACUGGAACAGAUGGAGUUGCAGAACACCGGAUUAAACACCGAGAACUACCGUCUGAAAAAGAACAUCUCUGCGCUUUUAAAAACAGCGCGGCAGGAAGUGAUACGCAAAGAUGCAGAGAUUCAGAGGUUGAAUCAACGGUCAGUCAAGGUUCCCCAUUACCAUCAGCCUUACAGUAAUCAUCAGCGAGACCAGUCUUCCUCCAACUGGACCAAGGGAAGCUCCAGCAAUCGGCCUCCUCCUCUACCACCACCACCGCCACCCCCACUACCACCCUCCUGUCCUCCACCACCUCCACCUCCUCCGCCCUCCAGUCUUCCACCACCACCCCCCCGUGUACUGACUUCACCUCCAAAGGAGAAUUCUCGUCAGUCUUCGAGGACAGAAAGUUCUAGCUCAGCCAGUCAGCCCACUGGCUACUGCACUGAGACACAAGCUUCUAAAGAAUUGUCUCACUGUCAUUCAAGAACUUCUUCAAGAGGAGGUUGGGAAAUAACUGAAAAACAGACUGGACAGGUGGUCAGCAAGUCCAGCAGCAGUUCAUCAAACCAGCACAAUGAUUCAGACAAACAAAAGUCCAAGCACAAGGAUGAUAAGUAUCCAAGAAGUAACAAAUUAUAUGAAUCCACAGAUAAGCGACCUAGAACUGAUUCAUAUCUCGCCAGGGACUGUCAUGCCCCCGAGACUCAUAGGUCUCAUAAAAAGGAAAAGGACACAGGACGAAAGCAUGACUCCAGGUCAUGUAAAAGCAGGAGCUACUCAAAUGUAGAGGGGCAUCACAGAUCAGACAGAAGUAAAAGCCCCCCUCCAGAAAGUUUACACACUUCAUCUCUCUCUGAUGAUUCCAAACGUAGAACUCAAGAAAAGAAAAAAGACAAAACUAAAUUGUCCCAAUCAGACUCCGAUCAAAGCCCAGCCUGUACUUUUGACAGCUACACCCGAGAUCAUAGAAGAGUCAAGACUAGUGAAGGACGUAAUAGAAGUGCAGACUCCAAGGAAAGGAAGACAGUUUCCUCAGAUCAACGUGCCCAGCGGCAUGCUGAUUCCUCAAAGGAGAGGGAAGGAGAGCGACAAAGGAAGGAAGAAAAGCAUCAUGAGGAUACAACCAGAAGAAAGCACAAUAAGAGCACCCCAACAAAAAAGAGCAGAGAGAAAUGGAGAUCAAAAGAAUCAGACAAAGAGAAAGUGGAAGUCCACAGUAAAGAACGACAAGAACACAAACACAAGGCCUUAAAUAGAUCACCUAAAAAACAACACGACACAGAGAAAAGCCCCAACAAGGAAAACAGUCCAAACAGGAAACUCUGUUUCAUGGAAACUUUGAAUCUAACAAUAUCACCAAUUAAGAAGCCAGUGUUGCCCAUCGAUGCCAGCCAGGACAUUUCUGCACCAGAAGAAGUGGUAGCUGAAAACAGAACAGAUAAUGAAAAUUCACAGUUAUUUGGGGAGGACAUGUGCGUCAUUGAUGAAGUGGACAGCAGUGAAUUAAAAGCAGAGUGUGAAGAUAUUGUGGAAACAUCUGUAGACAAAGAGUUGAGCUCUGAAAAGACAGAAGGAAGAUGUGAAAAUGCUGAAGUUGUCCAGGAAAAGGACAAAAUGGUGUCUGGCCAAGUGCUUGAAGACAACACAGUACAAACUACUUCAGCACUGAGCCAAAUCCGAGAUGCUGCAGAGAGUCAGAGUACUGAGUAUGUCACACCAAGACCACCAGAGAGUGAUUCUCAAAAACAACCACAGCGGAGUUCACUAAAACUAUCAGAAAGUAGCUCUGGAAAACCAUCAGGAAGUAGCUCUGGAAAACCAUCAGAAAGUAGCUCUGGAAAACCAUCAGGAAGUAGCUCUGGAAAACCACCAGAGAGUGAUUCUCAAAAGCAACCACAGCAGAGUUCACUAAAACGACCAGAAAGUAGCUCUGGAAAACCAUCAGGAAGUAGCUCUGGAAAACCACCAGAGAGUGAUUCUCAAAAACAACCACAGCAGAGUUCACUAAAACGACCAGAAAGUAGCUCUGGAAAACCAUCAGAAAGUAGCUCUGGAAAACCGCCAGAAAGUUCACUAAAACCACCAGAAAGCAGCUCUGGAAAACUACCAGAAAGUAGCUCUGGAAAACUAUCAGAAAGUAGAUCUCUGAAAGAUCUGAAACCACCAGAGAGUGAUUCUCAAAAACAACCACAGCAGAGUUCACUAAAACCACCAGAAUGUAGCUCUGGAAAACCAUCAGGUAGCUCUGGAAAACCAUCAAAAAGUAGCUCUGGAAAACUAUCGGAAAGUAGAUCUGGAAAACCACCAGAGAGUAGUUGUCCAAAACAACCACAAAGUAGUUCACUAAAACCAUCAGAAAGUAUUUCUGGAAUACCACCAGAGAGAAGCCCUGUAAAACCACCAGAGAGUAGCCCUCUAAAAUCACCAGAUAGUACCUUUCUAAAAUCGCCAGAAAGUAGUAGUUGUGGAAAACUGCCAGAGAGUAGUUGUGGAAAACCACGAGAGAAAAGUUCUCGAAAACCACCCGAGAACGAUUCUCAAAAACCACCCGAGAACAAUUCUCAAAAACCACCAGAGAAAAACUCUCAAAGACCACCAGAGAAGAAUUCUCGUAAACCACCACAGAACAGUUCUGGUAAAACCCAAGAGUGUAGUUCUCUAGAAGCAAGAGAGAAAGAUAAACCUAAAGCAGUGGAGGUGACGGACUCUGCCAGUGAAACACGUGGAAGUAGCAAUGGUUUACAAAAGGGAAACCCUGAAAACAGUACUUCACAAUCUGCUGCAUCUGACCUCAAUGUGCUUGAGCCAAAAGCAGAACAUAAAAAUCCUUCCAUGGAUUCAUCUGAAAAACGUGCAACUACUUCAGUUUCAAAGGAACACCCUGUAGCAGAAGAUGUCCCCAGAAGUCAGCAGAGUUUUGCUACUGUUUUACCACAAGACUGUCAGCAAGGUGUGAGUCCUUCCCCAUCAACUACUCCCAUUCACAGUAAAGGUGCCCGUCACAUGGACGGCGCUCCAAAAGACACUGAUGCUGUGUCUAGCACAAUAAGUUUGGAAUCACUUCCUCAAGAAGGCCUGAGUUUACCUGAGGCCAUUAACAUUUUAACACGGACAACUGAAGAGACUGGAGAAGACACAAAGGACAGCAGCAGCAUCACAGCUGAGCCAAGCUCCUCCACCGGCUGCAUCGGUGUGUCAAAAGUCAGCAGUACGACAGAGGAGGCAGCCCUGCCAGAAAAGUCCAUCAGCUUUAUGUUCACACCAAAAAAGAGCUUCAGCCCUGGAAAGAAUUGUGAGUGCAUCGCCGAGCCUUCCAGUUCGGUGCCCCUGCUUCACGAUGAGGACUCUAUGAUGCGCACUCUGAGCAAUCUUAAGAGAAUCCCUGACGCCAUUAGCCCUCUGAGGAGCCCCAUACGACCAAACAAGAGAAGCCACAGCCAAAUUCACGGCAAGCCUGGUCAUGUCAAGAGCCUUCAAAAAGAUUUUUUCAGCGCACCUGCCGAUGUCAACUCUAAGACGUUGGAUGUAAACAAAGAGAACAAAUAUCCGGGUUCUCCUGCAAACCAAGACACUCACAGUACUGUGGACAAGGGAUCAGACCCGCUUUCAAGUCUGUCCGACACUGAACUGGAGGAUGGGGAAAUUUUAAGCGAAAGUGAUGAGGCAGCGGCUGCUUCUCCUGCUGCUGCAAACAAAAGAGCAAAGUUGGUCCGACCAGUCAGAAAUAAACCGUCUCCUAAGUUUGCUCUAAAGAGGGUAUCAGAGGAAAGAUGUGUUGGCUCAAAGGAAACUAGUGAGGCAGGUGGUUCAACGCGAAGUCCAAAGAGUCGUUUUAAAACAGUUUGUCCUGCAGCAACCAAGGCUUCUUUUUCCACCAUAGAGGAAAUAAUGGAGACAUUCAAGCUGGUUCGCAGUGAGAUCCGAAAAAAGUACAUGAAGCUUCAUAAAACCUUCCCCAGGAAGAGCUUCUAUGGCAUGAUGGAUAAUUUCCAGGAGUCUUAUGUUGAGUUUGUGGAAGGUGCCCAUUUUGGUCAAAUGUGCACUGAGGCGGUGGAGCUGAAGUCCAGGCUGAAGAAAGUGAUCACGUCUGUGUUUAGCAAAGUGUCAAAUAACGGUAUCGUGAAACGGAUUUUUGAGCAGCAAGCGGUUGACCUGAAGCAGAAGUUGUGGGACUUUGUUGAUGUCCAAGUUGACUGUAUGUUCAAAGACAUCCAUGUAACUCUGAAGACCUUUUGUAAACCAGCGAGAACUCAGCCUGAGGAGAAGAGACCCAGUGGGAAUGAGAAGCAAGUGAAACAGCCUCCGUUAAUCAAGCCCCAAGUUCAAAAGAAGGAAGUGAAAUGUUCUCCAAGCAGCAUGAAUCCAACCAAGCAGUGUGCUGUGGUCCCGUACAGAACGGGGCUCGGAAGCAGAGGCAAAGAUAUCCGAAUAAUGCAUGUGGAAAACGACUGCCACAAUGACCCACAUUCAGCGGAGUUCCUUCACAAACAAACUGCCAGCAACCUCCCUCCCCCUAAAACCAUCCCCUCCAUUCCAGAGAAAAACAGCACAACCUCUUUUGUCAUCUCACAAAAUGGCUCCUUGCUCGACAAAACUGACUUUGAGCUCCUCACGGAACAACAAGCCUCCAGUUUAACUUUUAACCUGGUGCGAGACUCUCAAAUGGGGGAAAUCUUCAAAUGUCUACUGCAAGGAUCCGACUUGUUGGAAAACAACAGCGUCACAGGAGAUGGCACGUCCUGGUCCAUCGGCACUCCGAGGAAGGAUGGAGAGAGGCUCAUCAGCAUCACGACUCCAUCUAAAUUUGAGUCUCCAUCUAAGCUGCUGAGCCCAAGCAAAUUUGCCACCCCCUCCAAGUUAAUCACAACCUGGUCUAGCAUUUCACCUCGCAAGAUGUCGUCUCCUCAGUCCAAAGGUCAGGUCUUGCUGAAUCCGGCUUUAUUUGACGAGAGUUGCUUGUUAGAAUUGCCGUCUGAGAACAAAGCCAUUCUACAGUCUAGUUUGGCUUCACAAAGGUCUUAUUCUAUACUAUCUGAAGACCUGGCCGUGUCCCUCACGAUACCAUCCCCGCUUAAGUCUGACAGCCACCUCAGCUUCCUACAGCCGACAAGCAUGCACAUCAUGUCCACCCCAGACAGUGUCAUCAGCGCACACAUCAGCGAGGACGCCCUGCUGGACGGGGAGGACGCCACAGAGCAGGACAUCCACCUCGCCCUCGACACGGACAACUCCAGCUGCGGCUCCAGCAGUGGUGCGGUCUCAGCGGGACACGUCACGUCGUUCCUGUUCAAGCCUGACAUGCCCAUGCAGGCGCUAGUAAUGGAAAAGUCCAACGAUCACUUCAUCCUGAAGAUCCGCCAGACGGCCGCGCCCGCAGACGUCACGCUCACCGCAGACGAGAGUUUGAGCCGAACGCUGACGGAGGAUGACCAGCAGCACAGAGGAGGAGACUCGGGAACUGAAGAAAGUCAAGCAAACGCAGAUUUGUGCGACAAGCCGGAAAACAGACGUACAUCUUCAUGUGCUGCGCCAUCCCAGAACAGUCUGUGUCACUCAGCUGAAGGUUCUGAGAUGCGUCAGGCGGCCACAGGCCCAGAGAGCUGUAUCGCUCAAGAUGAAACCUCAACACCACCUAAAGAUCCACCCCACAUAAAACACGAUACCUCAACAAUUCGUGUCUCUGAGGAGUCACAGAAAUCCUCAGAGUCUCUGAAAAAUCAGAACGGUUCGCACAGCGGUGCUAAAAGCUCUGAUCACAUCUCUGUGCAGAUCAGCCAGACAACCCUCGGAGACGGUGUUGCUUCUGAUGAGAACACAAGUCGGACACACCGAGGAAAACAAAAAUCAAGGAGAAAAAAUCGAAAAAAUAUCUCAAAUGCCUCAUGCACAGACUCGCAGGAUAUGAUCACUUUCUCUAAAAGUGCAGUGUCAGACAGCAGUCCUGUUCACACUGCUGCUGGCAGCUUUGAUACUCAUCAAGUGAGCCAAGCGUCACCGUCGCGUGUGUCAGACUCGGAGAGACAUGGAAAGGACACGUCAGAGUCCAAUAUAAGUCCCAGCAGCUCGCCGGAGAAAGACCAGAGCGAGUGUGACAGAGGUAGAAAGCGUAAGAGGCACCGAGAUGAAUCCAAACCAAAGCGUCGCAGAAGGACGGAGCCGGACAGCACAGAGGAGACAGUGUCUCACCCUACAAGAGAAGACCAUGAGUCCAUGUCCUCCCCAGCGUCUCUGUCCCCCAACAGUCUCUCAGCCAAGAAUGUUGUCAGGAAGAAGGGCGAGGUGGUGAUAGCAUGGACAAGAGAUGAAGAUCGAAUGAUCCUGGUAGAGCUGAAGACCAAAGGCGCAUCACGUGAGACUUUCUCUGCUUUGUCGGAGAAACUCCAUAAACCAUCAUCACAGAUUGCUCACAGGUUUCACCAGCUCAUGAAGCUUUUUAAGAAGCAGGAGAAGAUGGACACCUGAAGCCUCCUACUGAUCUGCUUUGUUUGAGUUAAGUCCUCGUUUCCAUUCACGGUCUGUAGCGGCAGCAGCAGAGGUGCGUGGGCUACUGGUCAAGCAGGAGUGAGGGGAGAGACGAGCCACUGCAUGUCCUGGCUGGGUCACGUGGGACCUCUCUCUCUCUCUCUCUGGCCAUCAGCUCCUCAGAAGCAUGGAGAGCAGAAUCUCUGAAUGGAAGAUCAGAAAUGUUCUGUGAUUGAUCGGGAUAUUGAAAAAUAUCUGAACGAUACAAUAUACUGACCUCCUCAGCUGAAAUUACACGAUAGGUUGACGCGAAGGAUGAAGAAGUCAACAUCAGUGUUAUUGUUUUUCAUGCACUUUUUGGUUUCAUUUUUAACAUUGUACUCAAUCACUACAUUAGUGUCGGUUCUGGAUAUUUGCAGAUGUCUGGUCCUCAUAGAAGCAUACAACUCAGUCCUCAGUAUUCACUCUUGUACACAUUAUCCUACCUCUGCAGAAAUGUUUGUCUCAACAAUACUGAGGUUCAUUUUACCUGCGGUCCUAAACAUGUCUUUUUCCUCAAUAAAACAACCUUGGGACUGCGACAAGUGUAGUAAAUGUUUUUCUUGAUCAAGUAAUGUUUUCAGAUUUUGUGACUGAUGUGGGAAUUUAGGUUGAUAUUAUAAUUCUGACAUUGUUCAAGUUGUUUUAAUCGAAGUAUUCAAAGAUUGGGAGAUGGUGGUGCUGCGUAAUGUGUUAAACAGUUGUUGUAGUGAUUACUUAUCUAAUUAAUGUAAAAGGCAGCACAUUUACAAUAUCUGUGGAAUACUAACUUUUAUCCGUGGGCCUUAAUGCCUUUUUGUUUGACUGAUCCUAUAGCUUGAGAAAAGCAUAUCGAAUGCAAUACUGUGAAUACUGUAUAUACGUUUUUUCCUGAAAAUAAAGUUUUAUUUAUUUA